AUGGCGGACACUGUACGGAAGCCACAGAAGGUGGUCAUCGUGGGAGCUGGUCCGGUGGGGUCACUGGCGGCUCUAUAUGCUGCAGCUAGAGGGGAUGAGGUAGAGGUGUAUGAAUUACGUGGAGAUCUUCGUGACCCAUCGACGAUUCCACUCAAUUUCACCAAAUCCAUCAAUCUUGCCCUAUCGGAGCGUGGCAUCAAUGCCAUGAAGCACUCUAAUCGGGAGGAGCUGACCAAGAAUGUCCUCCGCGAUACAAUUCCAAUGUAUGGACGGAUGAUCCAUGGUAAGGACCGUGGCCAGCUGUGGGAAGCUGCACAAGCAUACGAUGUUCAUGGUCGGGCCAUCAACGCUGUUGACAGAAGUACUUUGAACAAUGCACUUCUCGACGAAUUGGAGCACACACCCAAUGUGAAGUUGUUCUUCAACCACAAACUCACGGGAGCCGACUUCCGGGCAAACAAAGCUUGGUUUGAGCGCCGCGUGCCAGGCGAGGCUCCUCUUCCUAACUCCGCCAACCGUGUGCCAGAAAUCGAAGUGGACUUUGACUUUAUGCUCGGUGCGGAUGGCGCUCAUUCUGCAGUACGCUACCACAUGAUGAAAUUCGCCCGAGUCGAUUAUCAGCAAGAGUACAUCGACACACUGUGGUGUGAGUUCCGCAUUGCGCCAACUGAGAAUGGCGAGUUCCGCAUCUCACCCAACCACCUCCAUAUCUGGCCUGGAAGGGAAUUCAUGUUCAUCGCCCUCCCAUCAGCAGACAAGUCUUUCACAUGUACAUUGUUCGCCCCUGCAGUUCACUACACAUACCUGGCAAGCUCGCCACAGAAGCUGCUUGAUUUCUUCGAUGUCCACUUCCCGGGCGUUUCCCCAGAACUCAUACCCCCAGCCGAUCUGCAAGAGCAAUUCGCAACAAACCCCCAUCUCCCUCUGAUCAGCUUGAAGUGCAAGCCCCAUCAUUUUGGUUCCAGUGUCGCCAUCGUCGGCGACGCAGCCCACGCUGUUCUGCCGUUCUAUGGCCAGGGCCUCAACGCUGGACUCGAGGACAUCCGAGUCUUGUUCGAAGUUCUUGACAAGCACAGCGUCUACGACUUGGAUGCAAGCCAUGAAGCUCGCCGAGAAGCGCGCGAAAAGGCUUUCCAAGCAUAUACGGACCAGCGUUGCGCAGACACGCACGCCAUCAACGACCUCUCCAAGGAAAACUACGUGGAGAUGCGAUGGGGCGUCAAAACUCCUCUAUACAAACUGCGCAAGUCCAUUGAAGAGAUCCUCGACCGGUACGUCCCCAGCCUCGGCUGGCAGACGCAGUAUUCUCGCGUCAGCUUCAGCAACCAGCGGUACUCAGAUGUCAUCAAGUUAGCCCGCAGACAGGGAACGGUCCUUGGUCUGGGAUUGGGAUCCACGUUUAUCACGGCUGUGGGAGUGGCUGGCUAUAUGAUGUGGAAGAAUCCCAAGCAGUAUUCGCCGCUUUGCUUUAUGCGUUACUGCCUGCGCCACGUAAGCCAUAUUUGGGUGAAGUUCUUCCGAAACACCGCUUACGCUUGA